UAUUGUUUUAACACUUUUGUUUAACUUUGGUGUUAUCACUCUAGAAAGGAACUAUGAAAGAUUCUGAGUUUGUUCACGAAUAUGAUGGAGAUUGGAGGCACGUCACUACUUCGUUCUGGAAGAAGUAUUGGCAUCCUAUGUGCUCGCAAUCGCGUGCUCUUGUCUUGAGUCGUUCGAUUGAUUCCGAGGGUCGUCUUGUCACCAAGAGACUCCAUGUCAUUUACCAAGAUAUCCCUGCAUUUGUUAAAGCCAUCAUUGGUGAUGUCGUGACCUAUGCAGGAGAGGAGUCGAUUGUGGAUCCAAAGACGCAAACUCUCACUUUGAGGACAAAGAACUUGAGUCUGAAUUGCUUCGCUACUGUUGACGAGUUAUGCGUAUACAAACCAUCGGCAACAGAUCCUUCCAAAACCGAAUAUAGCAAGAAGUUGAAUGUGCAAGGUGGCCUGUCAGGUUUGUUAAACCUGAAACUGGAAAACUGGUUCAUUUCUACAGAUAAUCAGAAUCGGAGUAAGGGGAUCAACGUGAUGAAUGAAAUCCUUGGCGAUUUUUCCCGAGCUUUCAUUCCCCUUAACCCAUCCACCAAUUAAUUUUCGCUGUGCUAUAUCGAUC